CCCCCCACGGCAAGCGCCAUGUCCGACGAAUCGCCGGCGCCGGCGCCGGCGACGACGCCCGCGGGGGGCCAGCAAGCCGAGCAGGACGGCGGAGGGUGGGGAGGCUGGGGCCUCUCCGUGUUCUCCGAGAUCUCCCGCAGCGCGGUGGAGGUCGCCAAGAGCGCCAUCGCCGACAUCCAGCAGCCGCCGGAGCAGGAGGCGGGGCCCGGCGAGGGGGAAGCCAAGGGGGAUGACGAACCGGAGGGGGAGGGCGGGGACGAGCGCCGCAAGGCGGCGCUGGACAAGCUGGAGAACGCCAGCGAGGACUCGCUCCUGGGCCAGGGGCUCAAGGUCUUCGACACCUCGGUGGAGAGCAUCACGACCGGGACGUGGCAGGCUCUUGGGAGUGCAUGGAGGAGUGGCUCGCUGAUUGUUCAGAAAUUGGAAACUUCUGCUUCAAGCCUUGCUGAAACCAUUCAACAAGGAGAACUGCCUGCCAAAGCAUCCGAAAUAGCACCAACCAUUUUGGAGACAGGGAAGUCAUUUACAGCUAAAGGAAUGGAAAUGCUUGAGCAUGUUGGAAAAGAGACGAUGGAGUUGAUCAUUGAAGAGACUGGUAUGGAAAUUGAAAAAGGAGGUACUGGUGAAGGUGACCAGCAAACAGAAGAGGAACAGUCUGAAGAAGUAUCAUUUGACAGAUGUUUCUAUAUUUAUGGAGGACCUGAUCAGUUGGAGGAACUGGAAGCACUGUCAAGCCACUAUGCACUGCUAUUUAAUAGGAAGAAAACAAAACUUGUCGCUGAGCAGAAAACGUAUUAUGAUGGAAAGAUCAAAGAAAUACAGCAGCUGUUUACUCUUAGUACCAAGAUUGAAGAUGAUGCAGCAGACUCUGACAAAGGGAAGAAGAUUGAGGCAGCCGAUACUGAUGGUAAUGCAGAAAUGAAGAAGUUAUGUGACUCAAGUGUUAGCAAGGCUGCUAAAAUGGCUGCGGGGUUCGCAACUGGCUUGGGUGGACUUUCUCCGAGUGAUAUCAUCAAACGAAGUACAGAUAGGCUAGAGACCAUUCACUCAGAGGGCGUUCAUAGAUUGUCAGAGAUGUGCUGCCUUGCAGUUUCUCAGCUUCUGGUGCUUGGGAAAUCAGUCAUCUCUUCUGCCAACAAAUCAAGCGAUGAAGAUGAAAAUGGUGUGAAAAUCGAUUGGCCUGAAGAUCUCAUUUCGAAGGCAGAGAUCAUCAGAUGGAGGGCGCAAUCCAUCGCUGUGGAUAUCGAGAAGGUCGCUACGAGUUUUGCUACAGGCAUCUCGGAUGUUUCUGAAGCUUAUGCAGCGGUGAUACAGAAUGCUCUGGCAGACAAGCAAGGCAGCGACGUCCCGCAUCAGUCGGUGCAGGAGAAAGCCAAGUACAUAUCCAGCCAUCUGAAAUCCGACCAGACGAGUGCCGUCAGCAAGUUACAAGACGCCCUCCAGUACCUGGCAUACGUUGUCGUCUGCACCUCUAUGCCAAGUGUUUAGUCCUGGAGUGCCUCCUCCACGCUGUUGCCAUUGUUAUUGUUAACCUCUUAAUGUACAUUUCGUGUGCGAGGGUUGGCAUAGUUAGGGCCUCUAGCUACACUGGUUGUGUUGUGUUUGUUCAAGCGUCGUGAAAUCAGUAAUUGGAUGUGUCUCGUUUGUAUUUCUUGGCACAUGACAGAUUGUUGCUCUCUACUUUUUCCUGAGAACAAUGAGAACUACUGAUGUGAAGCCAGAAAUUUACCUAA